UUCCUGAUAUUUUUCCUACAGACUUCAGUGAUUGUUCGGAUGUGGAUGAAUGCCUUCAUACACCGUCAAUCUGUGGUCCAAACUCAGUCUGCAACAACACCAUUGGAGACUACAACUGUACAUGCUUGAGUGGAUACAGUGUCAACAAUAAAGAUCUACAAAUAAGUGUCUACAAUCCCUGCACAGAUAUACAUAUAUGUAUGGCGACACCAAAUCUGUGCGGUCCCAACUCAAAUUGUACAAACAAAAAUGUAAGCUACAGCUGUUCAUGCUGGAGUGGAUAUCAUGCAACAAAUGCAAACCAUCCCAUAAGUGACAUCAACCAGUGCAUUGAUAUAGAUGAAUGCAUUCAGACCCCGUCAGUCUGUGGUCCAAACUCAGUCUGCAACAACACCAUUGGAGACUACAACUGUACAUGCUUGAGUGGAUAUAACGUGACUGAUCCAAGUGUGCGGAAUAGUGCUCACAAUCCCUGUACAGACGUUGAUGAAUGUCUUCAAUCUUCAUCGAUAUGUGGUCCAAAGUCAGUCUGCAAUAACACAGUUGGAGGAUAUAAUUGCACUUGCCAGAGUGGAUAUCAGGUCAUCAACACCAGUCUGCUGAGUAGCGUUGAUAAUCCUUGUACAGAACUUCUUUACUACAAAGUUGAAUUUGAGCUCAACGGAACUUCUGGAAUUGUGGAUCAACUCAGGAACAUUCUGAAUGGCCUGUCAUUGUCUGAUAACCUGUCUGAAAUCACUGACACUUAUAUCACAACAGGUUUGAUUAUUCUUAACAACAUGUACUUGACUUGA